AUGGACGAGCCGGUUGAGCUUGUCAAGAGCUUGACCGACAGCCUUGAGCUGUGCGUCAAGAAGGAAGGCCCUGCAGAGGAGGUCUGCCGAGUGAACGACCUUCAAGAGACUCAAGAGUCGCUGGACAGUAUCAUGAGCCUUCAGAUCAAGAUCAUGAAACGGCAGGCGGCGAUGGUGCUCUCGAGACAGAAGGCCACAGCGAUGCCGUCCAAAGGACAGGAGCUGGGGUCUCCUUCCGUCACAGGUUUUCCCAAGUUUCGUCGACUACCCGUAGAGAGUCGGAAGCUAAUCUGGAUAAUGGUAUUGCCGGAUCGUCGAGUCCUCGAGGCGCCCGAAGCCGGAUACCACGAGAUUUACAAACGAUUCAGAGCUCCAGUGAUCCGAGCCGUGUGCAAAGAAGCCUGGGAGGUUACCGAAGAAAACGGCCUCUUCGCCAUGGGGUCGGAAUCCACUGGAGUUGGGGGAACCUGGUUCAAACCUCAAAAGGAUGUUGUCAUCCUUGAAGAGAACUUCUCGCUGGGACCGCUUGCGGAAUGUUGUCCUGAAAUCAUCGCCAUCGAUCGCACGUUCAUUGAGGAUUUCAAAGACCUCAAGAGAAUCUUGCGUGGCGUGGUAGAAUUUUUAUUCUGCCGCAAGGUCAUCAUCCUCUUUCGGACUGCCGACAAUUCAAAAUACAAGGACGGGGCAGCACCAAAGCUAUUCAAUCUUCAGCCUCACGAGUUGAUUUGGUCACCUUACACGGAUGAUCGGCCAGUCAUUCCCGAUAGGCAUUUCGAUUACACAUGA